AUGAGCGGAGCCAUGACGGCGGCGUAUUUAGCUCGAAGAGUAGCGCAAAAGGAGAAAGUCCGGAUCCUCAACCGUCGUGCCCUUAAAGACACCCUCAACUGGGCCGUCCAUCGCCACCUCUUCCAUCAAGAUGCCUCUGACCUUCGCGAGAAAUUCGAAGCUAACAAGCAUGUGGAAGAUCCUGAUACAGUUGACAAAAUGAUAGCUGCAGGUGAAGCAGCUUAUAGUAAGUGGCGGCAUCCUGAUCCUUAUAUCGUUCCAUGGGCUCCUGGUGGUUCCAAGUUUACUAGAAAUCCUGUUCCACCAUCUGGGAUUGAGAUUGUUUAUGAUUAUGAUUAUGGUCGAGAAGACAACGACUAAAACAUACACCUUUCCUUUCCAAAGAAAUAAAGAUUAGCCAUAUUCUUUUGUUAUAUAGAAUUCACAUCAUCUGUUAUAUAAUUUACUCACUAUUUGUUUUGCCUCUACUCUCAAAUAACUGGCUACUGAUGGCUUGCACUUUUCUAAAAAUGUUUAGCUGCUAAAAUAGCUUGGAUUUAAUUGAAAAUACAUUUUAUGCCAAGAGAGCUCUCCACCUGCAUAGCAGGUUGGAAGUGAACAAUGUGUUAGUUUGUCACAAAAUUGGGUUUUUUGGCGAUGAUAACUUUACGUGUUAAGUCUCCUCCUAAUCUGUAAUGAUGUUUUCUCUAAGGUUCCAAUCCAAUGCACGAUCAUUUAGGUAGUGAUUAGAAGAGUCUCUUUCCCCCAGUCUACCCAUUUGGUUGCUUCUUUAAUGUUGAACCUUUUUAAUUUCCGGUUGACGCAGGUCUAGAGGUUCCUUGAAUGUAAUGAAGGAUCAAAAGGGAAAUGAGCUGAAGCGUGAAUAACAUUCAUGUUGGUGCUUCUUUUGCACUUGUUGCAAUGUGCAAGUGUUUGGGUUUCUUUUUAUUAGAUAAUUGUUCAGAUUGAUUGAAGUAGGAAGAUCAUGAAUCCUUUCUUGUGAAAACUAUUUUUGUCAAAAUUUUACAUGCAUCUUUUUGUCUACUUGGCUACUGCAUUUAGACCUGGCAAUUCAUUUGUGUUUGUAUUAUUACAUUCAAAUUGUGUUUAAUUUUUUAUUACAAUAAUAAUUUUUGUUAAAUGGAUUUUGACAA